AUCCACUAAUGGUUGUGGAACAUCAUGAAUGUCACGAAAUCACAAGUUUUACGUAACGUAAGUGAAGUCCCAUCAGUGCUGGCAUUUUCUCAAACUGCCCCUGACGCAGGUGGUUUCGGCGGAUGCAUGAGCAUACUUUUAAGAUGGAAGGGCAGCAUUUACAAGACAAUAUGGAAAGAUUUGUUGGUCUACUACGGACUCUAUUAUUUGAUUACAAUCAUACACAACUAUGUUCUCGAUGAGGACGGGAAAAGAGCAUUUGUGGCAUUGGCGAAAUAUUGCUUGAGAAAUUCUAAUUCUAUUAACGUGAUGAUCAUGUUAACGUUCUUUACGACAACGGCCUUGCAUCGUCUCUUUGCCAUGCAGACAAUGAUUCCUGGGACGGCCAAAGUUAUUACAUUUUUUGUCCUGUCACUCAAGCCAAAUUUGCCUGAAGGUCCAAUCGUCGUGGAACAAUUUGCUCGUUGGACGGUGCUGGCAUGGAUACUAACUUUUCGUGUCGUGAGCAAACCAUUACGUACGAUGUUUCCUGACAUCAUUUCACUCCAAGUAGCCGGAAUUAUCAAAGAGAAAGAAAGAUUGCUUUUAGAGAGAGUGGAAACUGAACGUAAUAAGACUCCACGCGCUUUAAUGGUCAUUGACUGGAUGCUUUUAUUAAUGAAAGAAUCUUCAGUACACAACCGAUUUGCAGAGAAAUCUAAUUACCUUAAAGCUGUUGAAGUGCUUAUGACCUUUAAGAAAGGCUGCGGCAACACAAUUAAAUUUGCAACAAAGAACAUGCCUUACGCCCUCAUUCAGGCUGUAAUAAUUGUGGUGUACACUUACGGCUUAGUAACGUUAAUUGCUCGUAAUGUUGAAGAGGCAAGUAGCUGUGUCUUUGUGGAAGUAAUCGUUAAUUACAUCCCAAUAAUCCCUAGUAUGCAGUUUUUUGUCUUCCUCGUUUGGCUUAAUUUUGGUCGAGUCGCCGUGAAUCCGUUUGGAACUGAUGAUGACGACAUUGACGUCACACUUUUAUUUAAAACUCAUGUCCAGGAUUCUUUUCGUUUGGCGAGUCUCUAUUCUCAGGAUUUGGAACAAAUCUUUGGCCAAAUGCCUCAACACCAACAUAAUCAAGAACCGUCACUCCAAAGUGCUGCCCCUAUGCAAAACCAGUAGACAAUUUUGUGGAGUAAAUGCAGGACGGGCUUUUAAUAUGUACAUAAAGUAACGUGGAAAAAAAGGUAUACAUGUUUUUGUGUACGAUCUUGUUGUCAAUCUAGGUAGGGUUGAACAAUUCGAUAAACGGUGGAGCAGCUUUGAAUUUUAUACAGGCAUAUUUUUAACAUUUCCGGGCCUAAAAUGCACUAUCAAAGAGAUUAGAUCUAUUUUCUAAUUCACUGAUUGUAUAUCUAGUGGUGGCCCUCAGAAUUUGUUUGCGUGUUAAUUUAUGGCCGCCAAACAUUCGUGACAACUGCUGACAAAGAUGUUAACCUUCAUCCCGCACGCCUCGUUAGAAGACGGUGUCCUCGAGGUAGCAAAAAAAUGUUCAACACUGAGCUGCUAAAAAAUCGAAGUGUCCGAAGAAAGGGGCACUAUUAAUAUUAUCCAUCUGAUUCUUUAUGUUUUUGUUCUUCUAAAAGUUUUUAACAUAUCUGGAGAGAGGGGUGGGCACAAGCUUUCAGGCAGAUCCUACUAUCCUUUCACUGCACUUCCUUCUAAAGUCACCCUUUUACGUCUCUCUUGUACCGUGUUCUGACAUCUGUUUAAAAAUAUGUAUAUUUAAUACAAUUCCAAUUUAUAGUGUCA